CCUUCUGCGCCAGCACACGAGCAUACCGCAUAAUCGCCGCGACGCACCACACAACACCCGUUCGCUCGACUGCAUGCCUGACUAAUUCCACCUCCACCAUGGCGACUCUCGAAGUCCAGCCCGCCAACCCAUCAUCGCUUUUCAGCCCUCCCGACAGCCCUGCCACCCUUCUGGGCAGCGCCGUCAUGGCCCUCGCCGCCGCAAACGACUCGCCCGCACUGCCUCACCCGCCUGCGCUGAGCCUCUUCGAGCGGAUCGUCACAUCUCACCCCACGAUAUUGGAAAGCCUCCUCGCUCAACUGCCCACCGCCUCGCUGCUCGACCUCUACCACUCGUCGCGACACCUACGAGACUUUUUGGCAAACUACCCGCUGGCAUGGAAGACGCUGAGUUUCCGGGCGCCACAGCCCGCCGUCGCCGUCAACAAUCCCGAUGCCGACGCCGUCGACGGCCAGCGCGCUCCCAAACAGUACGCCCUUGACGCCCUGCUGAUCCAGGUCGUCGUUCCCUUUGGCACUCGCUUGACUAAUCUCGACCUCUGCAACACGACCGUGUCGGGAGUGCGGCUGGUGAGCCGCGUCCUGGAGCCCCGCGUGUCGACGAUCCAGCACCUGAGCGUCCGCGGCUGCAAAAACGUCUCGAUAAAAUACCACCUCGUGCCUUUUCUCGAACCCUACGUCCAGCCCAGCAGCCCAUGGGCCCGGAGGAGCGAUCUCGCGCUCAAAAGCCUAUACACAUACCGCUGCCGCCACCAUCGGAGGCGACCGUAUCUGCCGUCGAGCCUUAUGCGCAGGGAUUCUGAUUCGGAGCCGACACACCAACUGAUCGAGAUCUGCCACCAGCUGGAUAUUUGGACGGACACAACGUGGUGCACGACGCCGGGAGGCCGGUGCUUCAGGAGGAAGGACUACUAUUCUGGCCGCGCCGCGCCGGGCACAAACGAGGUCUGGGUGCCGUUUGACAGGCUAUGGCGCUCCGGGAACCGCAUCGGACCAAUCGAUUCAAACAAUCCGCCUUCCGAGUCGGACGGGAGGCUAUGGGAAGAUUCGGAGACUGGACACGAUGGAGAACCGCUCGGCACCAGCACCGGUUGGCCUUCCAAGGGCGAGGGCAAGGAUAUCCCGGCACACCUUCGCAGGAGCCAUAAGGCCUUUGUGGACGAUGUCAAGUGCGACCAAUGCGGAGACGCGAUUUUGGAGCGCUGCGAACAGUGCAGCAUCCGGAUGCAUUGCAUGGGGUGCCGCAAGACGCUCUGUGCCAGUUGCGCGUUCAACAGGCCGAUACCGCGGAAAAGACAGAAGACGCGAGGAUUUACGACACUGGCUUUUGGGAGCAACGGUGUCUUCGGCACGACUGGCCAAACUUCGAUUGCGCCGAGUUGGGAAGCAAAUCCCAAAGAAGAGCAGAAGAAGGAGCGAUUUUGGUGGGCGCCGGGCGCCACGAGAUCACCAAACCUCAUGUCUGAAAUCGCCUCGGAUGACGAAGACUCUGAUUCUGACGAACCCAACGGAACCCUUGCCGCCCCUCUGCCCAUUCAUGCCAACGCUGUAAACGCCCUCGCUCUCAACAACGGAAUUCACGGUUUCACCAAUCUACCACCAAGGCUCAACAUGCAUUGGUGUUGUGUGGAGCCGGUUUUCUCUGGAGGUGGUGGCAUUGUGGUUCUGGGACCCAGCGUAGGCGGCAAGGGCGCGGAUAGGAUACGCGCAACUCCUCUGCCCAAAGGCUGCAACUUUGAAGAUCCAGAUUUCACGUCCGUUUUCCGCUCGCCAGAUGUCGUGCGGGAUUUGAAGAACGCGAGCUUAUAUGACCACAUUUUGGGAGAAGACGUGGACGUUCUCCCCUACCUCCACCAGGAAAGCCUCGACCUGCAGGCCAACACGUGCCCGCGGAGCUUAUGCCAAGAAUGCUAUAGGACGUUCCGGUGGAAAGUGUCCUGUCGAGCUUGCAAGAAGCCAUUGUGCAAAGAGCACGACUUCCGCGCUCUCAAGGUGCGCAAGUGCGGCUUCCGGGAUCUCCACGUGGAAAGGGACUACGUGCGCAGCCAGCCCGCUGCGCCAGCCCCAUCGCAAGUGGAUGCUCUACACAUCCCUGCCUUUGUGCCUCCCGAGCUGCGCAAUCUUGAGCCGCCGGCCAUGGCGCAACAAGGCAGCACGGAUAGCCACGCCUCAUCCGAGCAAGCCACGCUCCAAGUGGGCGACGAAAACCCCAUGAUGGCCUCGACAUCAUCCCUUAUCAACCCGCACCUCCCCGCCCAUCCCUCUCCGCUCGCCCACUCCUCCCACCCCUCCCUUCACCCCCGCCCCCGCGCCCUCAGUUUCUCCGACUCCCGCCCUUCGCGUUCCUCAUCGCCCUGGCCUAAGCCGGGAGCUUCGUCCGCUACAUCUGCCAUCCAGGCCGCGGCCGCCGCCGCCCAGCGCGUCCGCACGCCCCUGCCCUUACCAUGCAACCCACGGCACCCUGUACAGUGGGAGGGCUGUGGAGCCUAUUUCUGUCAGCAGCUGCGACCCGUCGGUGACUGCCGGACGCGGUGCUUUGCGGCGCUACGGGAGUGCUUGGAGUGCAAGGUGCUAGUGUGUGAGAGCUGCCUGAACGCGAAUCCACCCUGCCCCUGCAACUACUGCAGCACAAACUACUACUGCCCCGUCUGCACGCACAAGCCCCGCAUCAAGGCGUUGUGUCGGCGCGACGCGGAGCGCGCGGCCGCGCGGGCCAAGGAGCUCGCGGAGCAGGAACGUGUGAGGCGUGAAGCGGAGGCGCUGCUGCGCGCGGAUGAGAUGGCGUUGCGGCUGGGCGAGUUUGUGCGUGGGUGGGAGGAGAAGGGCGGUGAUGAAGGUGACGGAGUGGGAGAUGCGAGGUGGGGGGAUGCUGCUGGGGCGGCCGGCCCAGCGGCCGCUGAUGCUGGUGCUGGUGCGCCGCCCCCCGCGGAUGACGACGAGAAGGCGGACAAUGUCGAGCAUGUCGAGUUCGCGGAGCCGGCGCCUGAGCUGGAGCCUCGGCCGGAAUCGCCAGAGGAAGAAGACGCGGCGGCGGCAGCAGCGGCAGCGGCGGUGCAAACGUCUGCUGCUGCUGCUGCUGCUGCUGCUGCUGCUGCUAUGGAGGAGGAAGAGGAGGAGGAAGACGAGGUGCCAGCGGCAGAAGCGGCGUCAGCAGCAGCACCGCCAGCAACAGCAGCACCACCAGCAGUAGGGCCUCUCUCCUCCGAGCCCCCCACCACUACCACGACUUCGUCGACUAAUGCCCCCACGGCCACCGCUCCCGCCACCAAUCCCUCAACGACAACACCAUCAACAACAACAGCAGCAACGACAACAGCAACAGCAACGUCGACACCCACCCCCGACGCCGCAGCCGCUUACGACGACUUCAAAGCCACGCUCUUGGCGCGCGUGCGCGCGCGCAGAGAGGCCCUGCGCGUUUCUUCGUCUUCUUUUCCGUCGUCUGCUGCCGCUGCUUCUAGCGCUGCUGGUGCUGCUCCCGGCGCUGGUGGCCAUAGCAGCGGCAGUGACAGCGGGGCUGCUGCUCCGGCGUCUGCUUCUGCGUCUACGGCUGCAUCUGCAUCUGCGUGUGCGCCGGCCCCGGCGGGAAAGAGCUCCUGCACGGCUGCGGCUGCCGAGGCCCCUGCCGAGCUUCUUCCCGUGGAUGCCGAUGCUGAUGCCGACGCCAGGGCCGCGGAAUGCGUCCAGGAGGAUGAGAUUGAGAGGGCUGUGGAGGCGGAGCUGAGGCGUGAGAUGGGUCUUGUGGAUGCCCAUGUGGAGGAGGAGCGCGUUAGGGACGCGGACCAGACGCACGGAGCAGGGAGUCCGCCUUCGGCGGCGGCUUCUGAGGAGGGCGAGGGCGAUGGUGAGGGUGAGAGGGAUGGUGACGGCGAUGGCGAGAACGAGAACGAGAACGAGAGCCAGAGGGGCGUUGGCGCCGCUUGAGUGAGUGGUGUGGAGUUGAGUUAAGUGUGCUGCUUAAGCUGGGUUGGGUUGGGUUGCAGCGUUGCAGUACUGCAUUGCAAUGCAGGACGAAGCAGAGCGAAGGAAAGCGGGGAGAGCAGAACGGCAUAUCGUUACACAUAUAUCGGACGGAGUGCGUGGGUUGAUGGGUGAAUGGACGGCGUGGGCAGAAACUAGGUGUUAUGGCGUUGGCAUUGGCGUUGGUGGGCCCGUGGCAGGGGAAUCGAUACUACCUAUCUAUCUACACCCCUUGGCUGGGUUCUUACAACCGUGUUUGUGUUGUUUGUUUGUUUUGGUUGCUUUUUUUGGCUUUGCUUUUGCAUAAUUUUUGGUUUUUGUAUUGCUGCUGCUUAUACUACUACUACUACUACUACUACUACUACUACUACUACUACUACUACUACUACUACUACUACUACUACUACUACUACUACUA